UGCGAAAUGCUAUUUCCCCGUAUAAUUUGUUUCCUGCCGCUGCUGGCACUUGCCAGGAGUGAUCCUGUGGAAACGAAUUCAGCAGCCAUAUGCGAGUUUUUCCAACACGUUCGAGCGUUUCAAGAAGACUGGUGGGAUGAUUCAGUAGUCGCGAUGAGGACAAUGUUGCAGGAAAUGAUCGUUGCCUUAGAGCCGUAUCCCGAAUAUGAAGAAUACAGGAAAACCAUGCAGGACUAUGUUGAGCAGGGAAGGACUAUAGUAAAGUCAAGCAGGUUGGAAGAUAAAGUCGCAUUUGUUCAAGGAUUCAAUGAACGCGGUGACCAGCCAGUUCUAACCGGAUCUCCUGCUAAGAAGCAGGCGCUCACCAGACCUUUAGACAAUUUCAAAUCGAACAUGAUUUUCAAAGUGCUCACAGAAUUCCAUAAAAAGUUGCUCAAAGCUGCAGACGACGUGGAGCGAGUUGUGCGAUUCCCGGAUAACUCUCCUAAGGAUGAACUUUUUAGACUCCUCGAGAAAUAUCGCAGGAGUGGCAUUGGCAGUCUUACUGAAGAUAUAGCUUCUCGUAUCCUGGCAUUGAAGGAUAAAUACCAAUGUGCUUAGACCAAAAGUCAAGACCAUAUCUUUGGCACUAAAUAAUUGCAGUUUACUAAACUGAAUAUGUUUGUAAAUAAAUGUUCAGUUUGUAUAUAAAUUUAGAAGCCCAUGUCUGUUGCUUACUGAUUAAUUAU